CACCAGCCCUGUUUCCAGUGCAGGCUCCAGCCCUCACCCCCACCCCAGUUGCAGGAUGUCGAUGACAGACUUGCUCAACGCGGAGGACAUCAGGAAGGCGGUCGGAGCCUUUACCGCUGCCGAGUCCUUCGACCACAAAAAGUUCUUCCAGAUGGUUGGCCUGAAGAACAAGAGCCCGGAAGACGUGAAGAAGGUGUUUCACAUCCUAGAUAAAGACAAGAGUGGCUUCAUCGAGGAGGAAGAGCUGGGAUCCAUCCUAAAGGGCUUUGCUGUGAAUGCCAGAGACCUAUCUUCUGCAGAAACCAAGACUCUGAUGGCUGCUGGAGACAAAGAUGGAGAUGGCAAAAUCGGGGCUGACGAAUUCUCCAGUCUGGUGGCUGAAAGCUAAGCGGUUCUGAUGGCCCCAGGCCCCACCUCUCUGCCCUGGACGCCCCGUCUCAGCCCCUCUUGUCACCCUCCUUUGUUUGGGUUCAGUUUGUUUAUGUUAUUUUUUACUCUCCCUGUCCCCUGCAGCCCUCAAACGACACCAUUCUUCUGGAAAAUGCUGGAGGAACAAUAAAGGCUGUACCAAUUGG